GCGUUCCAUACAUUCCAUAAUUAUUGUCAACGCAGCUAGCUAGCUAGCGUCCUUAGAUUCAGUCUGUCUGUGGUCAGUGUUCGGGAAGAAACCUUUUUAAUCGCUGGAUUGACUUUGCUUCAACACUUCGUAAAAAAAUGGCAGAACAAGAAUUUAUCAUGGAUGGUGUCAUUGGAUUUCUUCAAAGUCCAAUAUGGAGGGUUCCCGUUCUUUCUUUCAUCGAACAUAAAUGCAUCGCGUUCAACCCCGAUGAAGAAAACAAGAUUAUUUACACAGAGAUCUAUGAAGAGUAUGGAAAUUUGGUGGAAAUGUUACUGCAAAGCUUCCUUGAGGACCUGAACAUCAACGCUACAUCCUUCGUGGAAGUUUGCAAUGCUUUCAAGAGCAACCAGUCGCAGUCCAAUAAAACCGUGUUCGAGCAGGUGUAUGCAGCCCAGGAUUUCCAGGUCUUCAAGGCCAUGAUGACACAGAAGAACAUCGAGCUGGAGCUCCAGGCCUUGAACAUGCUCCAGCAACGCAGCGGUCAGAUCCCCAACAUCAUGAAGCCGGGGGAGAGUACGCCGAUCGCACACUCCCAGGCGCAAGAGGACAACGAAGAGGAGCGGAUCCUCCAAGAAGUCCUGGCGUUAUCUGAAAAGGAAUAUAAAGAGGAAAUGAAGAAAUCUAAGAAGCAAUCUAGUACCGUGAACUUGGCCAUGGAUAAGUCGCUUGCAUCUGGGAAGGAGGUCGAGCAGCUAAAAAUCCACAAACAAAAAGAGGAAGAGAUGCUUGAAAAGACAUUGAAGUUGGCCAUCUCUGAGGGCCCUAAGCCAGCACCAACGCCAGUAUCAACCAGUAAAACUAAAACUCCAAAACCUCAGUCUGCUACAAGUUUACCCAAGUCACCGACACCGUCAACCUCAAGUUCUGCAAGUACCGGUAGCAAGUCAUCGAGGCCAGUGACUGGUCAAGAAGCAGCAGCUAAUUGGCUACUCAGUGCUAAAGCAGAGGCAGCGAAUCCAUCGGGCGGGACCGAAUCCAGAGUCAGUAACCUGUCAACAGCGGAUCCCAGUGAUUUAGAGAAGAGAGCCCAGUAUCUGAAGCAGCAACGUGAUAUUCUCAUCGCCAAGAAGAAGAGCGCUCGGGAAAAGAGCCUGGACGCCUACGAGCAGAAGCAGGUCCAAGCGAGGCCAAAGUCAUCAAGAGCUGCACGACAGGCAACUCAAGGUAAUGUCAAGCUGGAUGGGGGUAUCGAUGAAAAGCAGCUAGCCACGAGGAGAGCCCUUGCUGAAUGCCUCAAGAGUGAAGUAAUUGACAAAUAAUUACUCAUGAGAGAACCCACGGUACCGUCUUACAAAGAGUUUAGAUUGAUCAGAUCAACCUCAACUGUAUGGAAAUCCAUCAAUGCCAUGAUAUUUCCUCCCUGAAAUUUGCACAGUGUCCUUUGUAAAUGCAGAGGAAGCGCAUUGAAUUGUCAAGACAAUGAUAAAUGUAUGAGUAAUCAUCUUAUCUAAAAAGACUUUGAAUAAACAUGCAUUUUAGAUGUUGGCGUUGCUGGCUUUCCAUAGUUGUGGUUGAUCGGAUCAAUCACAUCUCUUUGUGAGGCCUGGCCCAGAUCUGUGAGCAUUCUAUGAUUGCGAUUACACUUUAGAGGUCUGUCAUCCUACCAUUUUGACUAUAUUUCAAGUAGCGCGUGCAAGAUGUGACGGGUUUUGUGCUAUAUUAGUUCCAGCGAAUUAUGUAAAUGAGCUGUGUGUGUGUCAAUAUGUCUGUUUAAAAUUGUUUGGUCUGAUGUUGGUAGAUUUAGAUGCCAGCAAUAAAUAGCAAAUAAAUAAUAUGAAAGGAAGAUGGCUUUCUCAUCAACAGGAUGAAUGUUCACUGAUGCCAUCUGCAUUCAAAGCAACCUGAACAUGUAUUCACUAAUGUAUUAAUUGUACUGCUCCAGGUAGGAGUUUCAUAAAGCUGUUCGUAAGUUAAGAGCGACUUUAAGAACAACUGGUGAUCCUUUCUUGUUGUGAAUGGUAUAUACACCAAAAUGUUAAUUGGCGAUGGUUCAACUCGUGAGAAAGGUUCACCAGUCGUUCUUAAAGUCGCUCUUAACUUACGAACAGCUUUAUGGAACGGCCCCCAGGUGGGCGUUUCAUAAAGCUCUUCGUAAGAUAAGAAUGACUCUACACAUGACUGGUGACCCUUUCUUGUGCUAAAUGAUCUAUUCCUAUGUAGAGGACUUAGCACCUAAGAACAUGUUCCAGUCACGUGUAAAGUCAUGCGUGACUUUACCAACAGCUUUAUGAAACACCAACCCAAGUAUCAAUUCAAUUGAUGUUGAUAAAUGUUAUAGUUUAAGAAUUUUAGGUUGAUGGAAUAUGGAUCUCUCAAGUAGAUUGUUUAUAAUUGUCACUUGGAAUCAAUGCAAAAAAAAACCUAAAAUCAAUUUUAGAUGACUCUAAAAGGGCAUUGCAAUAAACUUGCAAUUGGUGGAAAGUCAAAUGUGGGUCAAAAAUCAAUCAAAGAUCAGACAAUCAAUUGCAAAUGUGCACUUGAUAUCUGGUCUGGUUCGUGCUACAGGCAGUAAAGAUCAAUUUGCUUUAUUUACAAUCGAUAGUGAAAUCAAUUGCAGCUUUUUACAAUUGGUAUACAAUUGUAAAUUUGCAACAGAAAUUUGCAUGUGAUUGCAAAAAUUUCUUCCAUCACAAGCAGUCCAAUACUGCUUUCAUGAUAUUAGUACGGUAAAAGAAAAUGUCAUUUAUACAUUUUUAGCGCAAAGGCCGUUUUGAUGUUGUCUUAAUUAUCGCAAUGAAGUGCAAGGUACAUCUGCUCCUUUACACUGUAAAAGCGCUGUUUUAGAUUUUAAGCAUGUUUUGUAAGCCUGUCACUCUAACAGCUAUUGAUUAAACUUUUAACAAGUUGUUUAAAAAGGUUUAAACAACAGUGACGGGCUUAAACAACAUGUUUAAAAAUUUAGUGUGGAAACUUGAAUCACUGCAUUCUGUGCACUUUUCCCUUGUAUCCCACUCCAUUGUAAAUAGAAUUAAAAGAGAGAGGGGGGAAGAGAUUAAAAAAAAAGAAUAACUAAAUAUUUAUAUUUAUCAUAUACUAGUACAAGAUAAGAUCAGUUCCUGGCAGUUCGUAUUGUUCAGUCUGCAUUAGAUCAGUGUUUGUGUUUGUGAAAGCAAGUGCACUUUGUAAGGCCCCUUUCCCCCUUAUUGUUAAUAUUUGGUCUUUCAAGAAAAUCAUUUUGUUCAGAACAUUCCAGUGAAAAUGUAAAAGAUGUAGGCAUAGUUGUUAUUCCAUCUUACCGAAUAUGAAUUUUAGAGUUGGAAAUGAACAGUGUUAUUAUAAUACAUUUUUUGAGAGCUUGCACGCUACUGUACUAAAGAAAUAUUGUUCUAUUAUUCUCAUAUUGAGACAAAAAGAAGGGGCAACACCAGUAAUACAUUACAUGCCCAUAUAUGAUAAUCUAUGUCUCAUUGACCCGUAUUCUAAACUCCAGUUUAACUUUGACCAUGGUCUAACUCUGCGCUAAACUUAUGGCAAGCCAAAAAUGUCACAAAUUUGUUUAUAUGGUAUGUUUGUUAGGUUUACUGUACCGUUUUUCUUAAUUCUUUAAUAGUGAAAAAAAAACUUUUAUGUAACCCCAGACAGUUAUGAACGAUUUGAGUGUCAAAUGAGCGGACAAAUUGAAACUUUACUGUCAAAGAGAUUUAUGUCACAGUUGGCUUUCCAUAGAUAAACCACGACUUAAGACCAGAAUCUAACCCGAUUUUAGAAUAUAGGCCAUGGCGUUAAGCUUUAGGCUUGUUUGCAUGCAUUUGCACCAAAUAGCUAGAAUCUGCACAAAUUGAAUCCCUUGGGGGCCACAGAAGUCUAUGGCGACUUGUAUAUGUAAAUGCGAAGAUGUGAAUAUAGUAGCACAUGUUUUACAUAUUUUGGUCUGAAAAAAUGCUUCAACUUGGCCGCUUAUUUAAAUUAUAGAUGGUUGACUGACACACACUCUAUUUGUAAUUUGCUUUGUGUUAUUAGAUGUAGAAAGUUUUUCACUUUUUCAUGGCUAUUUACAAGAUGAUAUUAAUCCAUCAUUGUUUUAACCAACAUCCUAAACACAACAUUUGUUCCACUGAAGAUUAGAUUUCUGAGUAAAGAAUAUGAGAGACUAAAUUGUAUUUAUGCAAAUUUGUAUAGUUAAAAUGAGGUUUGUGUGUGAUAAACGUAGAAUGUGAAUAUUGGUGAUCAUGUAGCAAAAUUGUUAAUAUAUUUUCAUUUUUCUAGUUGAAUGACUAUAUUUGUGCCUAUGUACAAAUUCAUAAUGUGUGCAGUAUAAUGUAUUCGAUAACAUUGUUCUGGUGGUCAUCCACCUUGUUGAAUGGCUUGUAAAUUGCUUUUUCACAGCUUCUUAGAAAAGCAAAUUUUAAUCCUACCUUAUGUUUAAGUUAUCAAAAAUAUUAUAAUACCUCUAACAGGACAUGACAUAGAAUCUAUGAAUAUAUAAUUGUAACUUUCUUUGAUUUUGAUUCAAAUCAAGAAUAGUAAAAGUAAUGAUAAACAGCUUUGAAUCUUGCCCAUCUUUAGAGACCAAAUUUGUGACAGCUUGUUACUGGUUUCUAAAGUUUGGUAAAAAUUUUGUUCCUACAGGAUGGAGGAUGAAGAAUUACUCAAAAUAAUGAUUACGUUCAAUAUUUCAAGGCAAAUUUCAUUUAUGUUUGUUUUUUUAAUUUUUUUUUUCAUUGAAUUCAAUAAACUUUUGGUAUUGGUAAUACAAAGAGUUGCUGAAACAUUUCUUCAAUAAAAAGAAAUGAAGAGAAAAUAAAAUGAAGAUAAUGAAAUGAAGUUAGGGUCACUUAUUGCAUUUAGAGCAUUUUAUGAUAAAUAAGCAUAGGGUACCAAAAUGGAUAUAUUUCAGAGGUGAAAAUGGCACUUAGAAGAAAAAUGGAUGGAAAUUAGGCAAAUUCAUUUUUUUCAAACUCGAGCAAGGCAAUAUUUAUUAGGUAAAAAUAAAGGAACUUAGGAGGAAAAUUGGGCACCCUCCUUAGUACCAAGGUAAGAGGGCAAUUUUUGUAAGGCUAUUUAAAAGGCAAUGUUUCAAAGUCAAGGGCAACUUAUCAGGAGAAGAGGGAACUUAUCUGAAAGGAAAAUGGGAGAUGGGGAUCAGAAAAAGGGGUACUUAUUUUCUAAAAUCACAGAAGUGUACCCCAUUUUAAGAGAUUUUUAGCUGAGAAAGUUACCCCUAUUGAUGAUGCAUCCCCUAUCUUAUCAGGCAAAUAUUCUCGGCAUCCUUUAAUGCUUCUUUCAUCCUGGGAGGGGGUCGCUGAAAUCAUGUACAUUUUGGCAUACAAUACACCUGGUCAGUGGUGUGCUUAUUAUUUUACACUUAUUGCAGUCUGAUAAAGAAAAAGCAUUUGCAAAUUACUGAGAGAAAUUGUAGAUCGGAUCAAAACAAAAUCAUGAAAGAUCUCUAGUAAAUUUUUUUUUUGUCAUUGACAGACGCACACUCCCAAACAAUGGACAAGCUAACAAAAGGAAAAUAUGAAAAAAUAAACCAAGCAUUCCUAUUCUUAAUCCACCUUAAUUGCUAACCCUUCUGAUCUACUCUACUGAUGAUUAAGUCAUUAUGUUUGUGCAUUAAUUUAUUUUGAUCACCUUGCACCGUUUUCCGUCCAGAAUAAAAGCAAGAAAUCAACCUGUGAAUCGUAUUGGGCAAAUAUGGACAUUCCCGAUUACAAAGGUUAUUGGCCCGAAUGUAUAUUUCUUAUUUUAUUUUGUUAUAUCCCGUUUCUAUAGAUAAUAUGGGAUAAUAUUUUAAUUUUAUAUCUGAGUUAAAAAGAUGUUGAAGUUAUUCAAACUGUAAAAAAAAUUGACUCCAGUAAAUAUCUAUUCAUGCUUAAAAUGUAUUCCUCUUUGACACGUUGCACAUUUCAACAAGCACUGAAUAGACUAGAAUUUGAACAAGUAUAUAUGAGAAUUAAAUAUCUACUUCUGUACAAAGUAUUAUCAUCUAUGACUUUGUAAUAACCUGAUGCUCAAUAAAUAUUUCCAUGAAGAGGAAAAGAAUCUUGAA